GCAGGGUUCCACCUGUCCCACAAGGUCACCAGUGUGGUUCCCGAGAGCGCCCUGCUCAUCGUGCUGGGCCUGGUGCUGGGCGGCAUCGUCUGGGCAGCUGACCACAUCGCGUCCUUCACGCUGACGCCCACCGUCUUCUUCUUCUACCUGCUGCCCCCCAUCGUGCUGGACGCCGGCUACUUCAUGCCUAACCGGCUCUUCUUCGGCAACCUGGGCACCAUCCUGCUGUACGCAGUCGUGGGCACCGUGUGGAACGCGGCCACCACCGGCCUGUCCCUCUACGGCGUCUUCCUCAGCGGGCUCAUGGGUGACCUGCAGAUCGGGCUGCUGGACUUCCUCCUGUUCGGCAGCCUCAUUGCCGCCGUGGACCCGGUGGCCGUCCUGGCCGUGUUUGAGGAGGUCCAUGUCAACGAGGUCCUGUUCAUCAUCGUCUUUGGGGAGUCCCUGCUGAACGACGCAGUCACCGUGGUCCUGUACAAUGUGUUUGAAUCUUUUGUGUCGCUGGGGGGUGACAACGUGACCGGUGUGGACUGUGUGAAAGGCAUAGUGUCCUUCUUCGUGGUGAGCCUGGGGGGCACGCUGGUGGGGGUGAUCUUCGCCUUCCUGCUGUCACUGGUGACGCGCUUCACCAAGCACGUGCGCAUCAUCGAGCCCGGCUUCGUGUUCGUCAUCUCCUACCUGUCCUACCUGACGUCCGAGAUGCUGUCGCUGUCGGCCAUCCUGGCGAUCACCUUCUGUGGCAUCUGCUGUCAGAAGUACGUGAAGGCCAACAUCUCGGAGCAGUCGGCCACGACCGUGCGCUACACCAUGAAGAUGCUGGCCAGCGGCGCCGAGACCAUCAUCUUCAUGUUCCUGGGCAUCUCGGCCGUGAACCCGUUCAUCUGGACCUGGAACACGGCCUUUGUGCUCCUGACACUGGUCUUCAUCUCCGUGUACCGGGCCAUCGGUGUGGUCCUGCAGACGUGGCUCCUGAACCGCUACCGCAUGGUGCAGCUGGAGCCCAUCGACCAGGUGGUCCUGUCCUACGGGGGCCUGCGUGGGGCCGUGGCCUUUGCCCUAGUGGUGCUUCUGGACGGAGAGAAGGUCAAGGAGAAGAACCUGUUCGUCAGCACCACCAUCAUUGUGGUCUUCUUCACCGUCAUCUUCCAGGGCCUGACCAUCAAGCCCCUGGUGCAGUGGCUGAAGGUGAAGAGGAGUGAGCACCGUGAACCCCGACUCAAUGAGAAGCUGCACGGCCGCGCUUUCGACCACAUCCUCUCAGCCAUCGAGGACAUAUCUGGACAGAUCGGGCACAAUUAUCUCAGAGACAAGUGGUCCCACUUCGACAGGAAGUUCCUCAGCCGGGUCCUCAUGAGACGGUCGGCCCAGAAGUCUCGAGACCGGAUCCUGAAUGUCUUCCACGAGCUGAACCUGAAGGACGCCAUCAGCUACGUGGCCGAGGGAGAGCGCCGGGGGUCCCUGGCCUUCAUCCGCUCCCCCAGCACCGACAACAUGGUCAACGUGGACUUCACACCGCGAUCAUCCACCGUGGAGGCCUCUGUCUCCUACCUCCUGAGGGAGAACGUCAGUGCCGUCUGCCUGGACAUGCAGUCUCUGGAACAGCGGCGACGGAGCAUCCGGGACGCGGAGGACAUGGUCACGCACCACACGCUGCAGCAGUACCUGUACAAGCCGCGGCAGGAGUACAAGCAUCUGUACAGCCGGCACGAGCUCACGCCCACUGAGGACGAGAAGCAGGACCGGGAAAUCUUCCACAGGACCAUGCGGAAGCGCCUGGAGUCCUUCAAGUCGGCCAAGCUGGGGCUCAACCAGAACAAGAAGGCAGCCAAGAUGUACAAGCGGGAGCGUGCCCAGAAGCGGAGAAACAGCAGCAUCCCUAACGGGAAGCUGCCCACAGAGAUCCCCGUGCAGAACUUCGCCAUCAAGGAGAAAGACUUGGAACUUUCAGACACCGAGGAGCCCCCCAACUAUGAUGAGAUGAGUGGGGGGAUCGAGUUCCUGGCCGGUGUCACCAAGGACACAGCAUCCGACUCUCCUGCAGGAAUUGACAACCCAGUGUUUUCUCCGGACGAGGCCCUGGACCGCAGCCUCCUGGCGCGGGUGCCGCCCUGGCUGUCUCCCGGGGAGACGGUGGUGCCCUCGCAGAGGGCCCGCACGCAGAUCCCCCUCUCUCCCGGCGCGUUCCGCCGCCUGACGCCCCUCCGCCUCAGCAGCAAGUCGGUGGACUCCUUCCUGCAGGCCGACGGCCCCGAGGAGCGGCCCCCCGCCGCGCCCGAGUCCACACACAUGUGACACCGGCUCCGACACGCCGCUGACCGGACGCUCGUCCCCGCGCCACGGGCCGCCCGCCGCCGCCGCCCCCGAGAAGC